AUGGAUACGAGUGUGGCUAUUAACGACCUCAAACAUGCUUUCGAAAACAGAUCUUUCUUUCAGCUGGGAGAUAGGGAAGUCCUUGGCCUUCUGCAUUCAGCAUACUAUACUGAGAUCUCAUAUUUGACAUCUGCGUAUUUUGCUGGAUGUCCUGCUGCCACCAGCCCUCGAACUCGCUCGCCGUCCGAAGUACUUUACGGCACCAAAUAUCCAGAAGUUGACAGGACUCUUACCGGCCUCCUGGCCUUGCGGUGGAUCGAGAAGAAUGCUUACCAUUAUUUCACCCAGAAUCAGUCAUCAUCAACCAGACUACGUUAUGAAAGUUUCAAAGAGCUACGGGAAUACUUCCACGCACACACACGGCGCUUCAUGAACCAUGAUAUCGUGUUCACGCUCGUUACAAUGCAGGUGACAAACGAUUUGGGCAAGUCGGCCCAACUGAAAAUUGACCUUGAGGGACAUCUGCCAAGAGGUGUUCCGGUCAGCAGCAAUCAUGACAUGAUGAUGUUGCAGAUCCUUGAGCUCGAUCAAAGCGCCAAGCUGAUACCGUCUUUUAGCCAUCUCCGUCCUGAUCUCAGGAAUGCUGCAUACGAGUCGAUACAUUUGUCUGCAGGAUUCAACCCAGGACAAUUGGUACAAGGUGAGUGUGCUCCCGCAGCCUUGACGAUCCUUACCAAGCUCGACUUGAGCGAACGAGAUCUACACCUGAAAUUCAUGGAGCUCUUCCUUGAUGUCGCAGGAGCUCGGGGUCAUGUGAACCAUGAAGGCUCCUUGACAAUGACCGAAGCAUGCUACCAAGACUACUGCCUCGUACGCGAUGUUUCGCUCAAAGUCGCUAGUGGGGCCAUGAGUCCUUGGGAGGCAUACAAGGCAGUUCUUCGAUCCAAGACCAAAGCCCUGCAACAAUCAGGCUGGCGCGUGCCAAAGGGGUUUGACCUUGCAAGAGAUGCCGCCGCAAUCGCCAAAACUCGAAUUUUCUGCAUGGCACGAGUAAUUGACGCAGAAACAGCCGACCUAAUCAACUGUGUCUACGAGAACCUAACUGUCAGGAUUCGAGAAGCUCUCGAAGAAGGACUAUGUAGAUAUGGCACAGUCGACAGACCAGCCGUACAGCCGACCUACAUGCCUGCCAUGUUUGCGAAUCUGAAAUCGCACGCACAUCCAGCUCAUGCUUUUGCAGCUCUGCUGACGUAUCUCGCGCAGGUUCUGACUCUGACGCGGGAUGAUCUAGCGCAACUCGAGCCAGGUACUGUUAUCGUGGAGCGGGACGUACGUGAAAUUCUCGAGAAUUGCAUGAGGUCUGAUAUGUUUUUGAGAGAUCCUCAUGCUGUGGUGAAUGCAAGCACGUCAUUACCUGCAUUACAGGUAUUACAGAAGACCCAUUGA